AAAUAAAUCCUGAUUUUCUUGGGGGUAAAUGCACACCACCACCACCCUUUGAGUCUUUUGCCAACAUAGCACAAACCCAAUUUUUUCAGAGAUUACAAACACAGCACCAAUGACUCGUUAUUUAUUAACAUAAAAAUAAAGAACCCUCUCAUUCACUGCAUUUCUUUUCCACUCUUUUUGUUAAACUUGCACCACACAAACACACAUCCGUUUUUGUCUCAUUCAAAUUCCCUCUUCAACUUCUUCCCCUGUCACCGUCCAUUCAAUUGGUCCUCAAAGUCGUGUUCCGCGUGCAAAACUAUUCAACAGGCCCACAUUGCUCGUUUCGCAGCCAUGGACUUGGCAUCACCAUCAUCAUCAUCAUCAUCAUCAUCAAUGGUACUUCCUUCUUUGCAACCCCGUAACACCCUUUCAAAAGUUUCAAUCUUCCAACAUUUAACCCCUCCGACAACCUUGUUUCCAUCACGGGCAUGUUCCGCCAAACCCAGCAUCACCAUCUCUCCGGUGUCCUCAAAGUUCCCGUCUUUCCUUCGCUGCUCCACAAAACCAGACACCAGCGCUGAUAGCGAGACGCAACACAACAAGUCAAACAAUGAACCCAAUUCAAUUUCCAACUCCCAAAGUGUAUCACAAUCAGAUUCAGCAGCAAGUGAAGCCUUUUGUUCUUCACCACCUUUAGAAUCAUCACAUUCCUCUUCCUCAAGAGGGUUGGUGUUGGAUUUGGGUCCUUCAAACGCAUGGGACAGUGCAGAUAUUGGGUCCCCAGUGGUGAAGAGGUUUCUGAGUGACGAAGAAGAGAGAUGGUACAUGUGGUACCAUGGGAGGGCCAAAGGGCACCCUUCUUUCGAUUUGAUAGGGUUGGCGAUUUCAAAAAAUGGGGUUCAUUGGGAGCGUGGGGGAGGGCCUGCUAGGUCAAGUUCUGAUGUGGGGUUUGUGAUGAGUUGUGGCAAGGAUUGGUGGGGUUUUGACACUGGUGGCAUCAGGCCUUCUGAGAUGGUUAUCAUGUCUAGUUACAGGGUUAGGGCUUCCAGUGCUGUUUACUGGCUUUACUAUACUGGCUAUGUUUCUGAUAUGGUGGAGUUUUCUGAUCAGUCUUUGGAGUUCAGUUUGGAAAACCCUGAUGGAAUCAAUGGUGAUGUGAGUUGUGGUAGUGGGAAGGUUUUGAAGUCCUUGCCUGGUUUGGCUAUUAGUCAGGAUGGGAGGCAUUGGGCUAGGAUUGAAGGGGAGCAUCACAGUGGAGCAUUGCUUGAUGUUGGGUCUGGAAAAGAGUGGGAUUCUUUGUUUAUUUCUUCCCCACAAGUUGUUUACCAUGGGAAUGGUGACCUCAGGAUGUAUUAUCACUCAUUUGAUGUAGAAAAGGGGCAUUUUGGUAUAGGCAUUGCCAGAUCAAGGGAUGGAAUUAGAUGGGUGAAGUUGGGGAAAAUCAUGGGGGGAGGGAGAGAUGGCUCCUUUGAUGAGUUUGGAGCAAUGAACCCGUACGUGACAAGGAACCGGAGUGGCGGGAACUAUGUGAUGGCAUAUGAAGGUGUUGCUGCUGAUGGGAGGAGGAGCAUUGGUAUGGCUGUAUCUCCUGAUGGAUUGAAGGAAUGGAUGAGGCUUCAGGAUGAGGCAAUUUUAAGGCCUUCAGACCAAGGUUGCUGGGAUGAUAAGGAUGUUGGAUCCCCAUGUUUAGUUGAAAUGGAUACUGAAGGAAAUGAGUGGAGAUUGUAUUAUAGAGGUGUUUCUAAUGGAGGAAGAAUUGGAAUAGGAAUGGCUGUUUCAGAAGGGAAGGACAUUGGAAGUUUUAGAAGAUGGAAAGUUUUCCGGGUAUAAUAAGCUAGAUGCAUGCAAUGUUUCGUUUACAGUUAUUUAAACAUAGUCUCUAUUCUUUGUGAAUUGAACUUUUUUUCUGGGUUUAUAUGAGUAGUUUUGUAUUUAGCCUUAUUGUUGUACAGUAAGUUUUGAAUUUGUCCUAAUUUUUGUAAUUAUGGUAAGCCUUAUUGCUCUGAACAGCAGCAGGAAUCUCCAAGCCUUAAAAUUAACUUGUCACCUAAUACAAUGUCGGAGAGCAAAUAUGUAAGACACAAUCUAACAUUCUGUUUCUGUUUUA